CAUCACCUUACUUUACUUUUUUAUUUAUUAUAUACAAGUUGAAGACAUGAGGGUUAUCUCUGCUGCUCUCUUUGUUCUUGGCUCUUUUAUGGUCACAUCUACUGUCGGACAGGCCUGCUUUCGUAUUUGCGCUCCUAACCGAUUCAAUUGUCCUCAAACAUACGAAUCAAAACAAUUUGGUAUGUGCUGGACUUGCUGCUCUUCAAAAACUUCGUCUUGAUCUCAAAGUAUCUGCUGUUUCUUUAACAAUAAAGCGCCCGUUUCUUUUCUAAUGGGACACGUAAUCGCUUCGAUUUUCCCUUUUAUUGUAGCCUAUUCAUAAGAGAGAGAACAUCAUUACUUGUAUUUGGCCUUUGCGGAAAAACCAUGAAUAUAUAAAAUGUUAUGCUACAACUCUUCUUUGAAUUUCUUUUCAUUUUACAUUUCACCAGUUACCUCCUUUAGGUUGAGUAAUAACCGAC